AUGAUUUUAGCGUCAGAGAACAGAUUAAGGAUUGCUGACCGGUUCAGGAGACAAGUUGUCAAGGAAGGACGAUGCCCGUCGUGGACUUUGAUAAGGAACUGUUCGUCACUUGAACAAUGCAACUGGGAUGGAGACUGUUCUAGUACUCAGAAGUGUUGUAAGAGCACGUGCGAAGCUCGAUCAUGUUAUGAACCUCUAUUGGCUAUGCGACCCGAUGAAGGUAAUUAAAGGAAAUACUCUCUUAGACACUCAUAUAUCUUUUCGUUAUUUCUAAGGGACCUCUUGUUACUUCCUAAUAUCGAAGGGGACUAAUUAUAAUCUUAUGCUCGUCUUAAUCUUGGUUGACUUUUCUUUUUUAGUUUCAUCCCUGUAGAACGUAUUUUGAGACUAUCGGCUUCAAUACGGGCAUUUGACUUUUGUCGUGGGUUUAGCAUUACCUCAUCACUUGCCCACUCUAUUGGAUAGAAGCUUCUAAUUAUGAGCACUAGCACUGAAUUACUGUAUCAUUUCCACCCAGCCUUAAACACGCUAUUAAUUCAAGGGACGUCGCUUUGAUUGUGUCUUCACGGGUUCAUUACUGCAUACGACAAAAAAAAGUAUUUAUGAAUUUACUGCUUCAGAUGCCUGCCCUAAAGAUGAAACCCAAAUAGCAUCACAUAAAGGCAAUGCUAAUUGUCUUCCAGGAAGAAUAAGGUUCUGCUAUAAAGGCAACUGCAAACGGUAUGGCUUACGUUACCACCCGUUAGUAUUUUAAUUUUUAAAAUGUUAAACUAUGGUGCAACAGGCAAACCAUGAUGAUGAUUGUAAAGUCUGUACCUGUAUGGUAGUGUGGGUCGCCCUUCUCUAUGAGGUUGUGGCCAAGGGGGCUCUAAAACUUGAUAAGAAAAUUGUCUAUUUUUGACUCCUUUUUCCCGAUCAGCCAAAGGAUCUACUCUCCUCGGCUUGUUGUUGCUUGUUUGUUUUUGCGUGUGACUGUGUGUGUGUGUUUUUUUUUACUGAAGGUGUAGCAAGUUCCAAUCUGUACCACAACGUAACACUAUGAAUAAAACAUCUUUCUUCUAUAAGUUAUCUUCUUAAAUCAACCCUCGUUUAUUUGCAGAUGUUGUUUCCACUACACCACAUGUAACCCAUAUUCGGAAAUGCUCAUGACUAAGGAAGAGUGCCAAAUAGGUAACAAUCUUUAAGAAAAUAUCUCCCAAAGAAAUUUUUUUACAGACAAGAUAUUUAGCAUGACCCAUUUUUUGUUUUUUUAUUAUAGCACUUUGUUCCCCAAAGAUCUGUAAGUUUCCUGGAGAAAUAUGCGUGCUUGACAAAUACAAUACUCCGAGAUGCUCCUGUCGAUCAAAAUGCCCUACUCCCCUUCCUGGAGAACGUGUUUGCGGGACCGAUGGAAUUCCUUAUAAGAGUGCAUGCGAGCUGAACAGAACAGCCUGUAUUUUGGGAGCAAAAGAUAUAACGAUAAAGAGAUACGGAAAUUGCCAGUCAAGUGAGUCUCAUUCAUGGUUAUCUUGGUAAUAAGUCACUUACUAAGACUGUGAUAAUAAAAGGAAAUUUUUUAUUGUUUAUCAAUUGUGUCGUAAAUUUAGGAAUUUAAGUUUGGGCUGUCCCUAGUGAGUCUGUGAUUAAAAAGUAUUCGAGUUGGACAAAAAAAGACUUAGGAGUUCUGAAUAUUGAAUGUCGUUUACUUUACUUUUUUAUGCUUUUGUUUGUUUGUCUUAUUCUUUGAUUUAUAAUUAUUUGAUUUUAUAACCAUUUCGGAGGUGACUUAAUACUUCAGUUCUGUCGAUCAAGGAAAUUCUAAACUUCAUUUUAAGAAGAACGGAAAACAAAAGCGGUGUGCCAGGUAUAUGAGCGCCACCCCCCCCCCCCAAAAAAAAAAAAAACAAUAAAAUUAAUAUCAUAAUCUUUUUUUUUUAAUUAUUUUUUAUUUUUUUUUUUUUUUUUUUUUUUUUUUUUUUUUUUUUUUUUUAAUUUUUUGUUUUUUAAACCAUUUGGGGGGGAACUUAAUACUUCAGUUUUGUCGAUCAAGAAAAUUUUAAACUUCAUUUUAAAAAAAAAGGAAAAAAAAAGGGGUGGGCCAGGUAUAUGGGCCCCCCCCCCCCCCAACAAAAAAAAAACAUCAAGAUCAUCAGACCAUACGUUUAAUAAUUUAUUUUUGAACCCUUUCGGAGGGUACCUAAAAAUUUCAGUUUUUCAAAUAAAGAAAAUUUAAACUUUCUUUUAAAAAGAAAGGAAAACAAAAAGGGGGUGCCAGGUAAAUAGGCGCCCCCCCCCCCCCCAACAAAAAAAAAAACAUCAAGAUCAUCAGACCAUACGUUUUCAUCCAUAAUUUACCAUGGUGAUUUCAUUACUGACUGUAGGAGUGAGUGGCGUAAAAUUCAGCCAGAGGACUUGUACUUUUAAUAUUUUCCAUUUUCGUAAUUAGAACAUUGUGUUCCUAGAUGAUUUUUUCAUUUCGAUCAAUUAAUCAUUAUAAUUUUUUCGUGAUACGAUUUUCGUAUUCAGACGGGGACAAGGUUACAGUUAGUACAACCCAUAAGAAGAAGCAAGUUCUCCCUGCUUACAAAAAAGGGGAGCUUACAUGCCGAUUUGAGGGAGUUCCUGUCAGCAUCAUUUGGCAAAAGGUGGGACUUCGAACUUUGCCAGACCGAAUGGUACCACGUAUGGGCAGGUUAGAUAUCCUAGAUGUAGGCAUGCACGACAGUGGCAUGUACAAAUGCAUGGCUUACGACGGAUUUGGAACAGCAGAGGCGGAAAUAAACGUAACUGUAAAAGGUAAGCUUGAAGUUAAGGCAAAAUGCUCUGUAAAGUAUCUCCCGCAAAUAAUAAUGCACAGUGCGUUUUAAACCUUAACUAUAGUUAAUUUGAUUGCCCAAUUCGAUAAUGUCAUUGGCUAGCUCGCAUAGACUUUGACUCCUGUUGACUGUGAGACGGUGAUAGGUAUGGUAUUUAGAAUGGGCCUUUAGUAAAUGACAAAAUAAAAAGAAAAGGAGGAGAAAAAAAGAGAGAGAAGGAAGAGUGAAAAUAUAUGCUCUUGCCAAUUAUGAGAAAGACGGGAUGCCGUAAACCCUGUUGUUGUCAAAUGUUUUAGCGACAGCUGCGAAACGUUGCAUUUAAUUUGGUAUUUAUUGUAGGACCGUCUAGCAUCGAAAAAAAGAUCAUGCCUCGUAAAGACUGUUUAAAGCCUCGAAACUCUGGAUACUGUAGACUCUACAACGUUCGAUGGUACUUUGAUGGCAAAGAUGCACUCUGCAAACCAUUUGUAUAUGGCGGCUGCGGUGGCAACAAGAAUAAUUUCCAUACACAAGAAGCUUGCAGUUCUGCUUGCAACCAUGCAGGUAAAUAACACUGUGGAAAAUUAAAUAGAGUGCCUUACAUGGUUUUAAAAAGAUUUAUCGGAUUAACCAAAAAACUGCAAAGUCAAUCCCAACUACCAGUGAGAGCUGUCAUCACUUGGCCAAUUUUCUAUUUGGCUACGUAAAUUGAAAAAUCAACUGUGCUUUUUGUAGAUAGAAUGAAAUAUUUUGAAAUAAAGUAAACCUUAUAAGAAAUUUAAAAAUUUUGCUUAACUAUUUGCAGUUCACGAUCAUAUCAAUUCAACCUUUGUUUUCCUUUCAGCUGGAGAUAUUUGCAAUUUGCCAGUGAUCGAAGGCCCGUGUAGAGGCUUUAUGCCAAACUGGUUUUACAACGCGAAUACAUCACGGUGCGAGCAGUUUGUGUACGGGGGUUGCGGUGGUAAUGCUAACAGAUUUAGCACCAAAGCAAAGUGUCAGCAACGAUGUAUGGGUACGUAAAUCCUCUCUUUGCACUCAACUGGCUCUAAACUAAACGUAUUUUUAUAUCGUUUUUGCACGCUGUCGAGAAAUAGUUGGCUGCAUGACACAUGUCAUGACAAAUCGAUGUUCAGAUGUCGGUCCGAUUUCGCCUGCUAAUGUAGCGAUAAGUUUGGAUGGACCUUCUUUAUAUAAGGAAGGUACAAGUACUACAAGAAUGAACAAUAGAAAUCAGAUUAAAUCGCUCUUUAAAUUGCUUGUUGGCAAUUCUGCAGAGAGGUGGUAGGUUCUCCCUUGUGGGCCAUGGUAAGUCCAAAACAUGAGGAGUACUGCUGGGAAGGGCCAUGGUAAGUCCAAAACAUGAGAAGUACUGCUGGGAACUUUCGAAUUGAAAAUUCGCAAAUAAGACUUACUAAUGUCGAUAGCGACUUUCCAUGUAUCACAGCAUCUUUGUCAACCCUGCUGAAAGAUAAAGUAUUCAAUUGAAUGACGAAGAGCCCAACCCGAUAUGCUUCAAUUUUGUUUGUUUGUUUUUAAAUUACUCGUGAGUGCUAUUACGGCUUUAUUAUUGGUACCUUUUUUGUUUACAUGUUUCAAACUAUUCACUCUUAGCAGGUGUUGGAUUUGCAGACACCCUUUGUUUACGACAACAACUUGCUGGUAAACGUAGUAAACGUCUGGGUGCUUUUGUACCAAAAUGUCGGCCUGACGGAGAGUAUGAGGAGAUGCAGUGCCAUGGAUCAGUUUGCUUUUGUGUGGAUGAAGGCGGUGAAGAAAUCGUUGGCACACGGGUUCCUCGGCAUCAUUCUCUCAACUGUAAAUCACAAUCACCUCCUGGUAAAGGGACAGAGCUUGAUACCACAUAAUACGAAUAAUAACAAGUAAUCAGUAGUUUCCAAUCUCCAGCAGUUGAAGUUAUAGAAUCAGUAAAUGAGUUCUUUUCCACUGACUUCAAGAAUAGCUGGCUUAGGUUAUGGUUUUCGCUCAGUUUCAUCUUCCUUUGCUCUUUUGCAUUGUAUCAAGGUUAUCACAUUUCUUUUACGCAAUAGACUACGAGUAGUCCCCCAUUUUUCCUCAAGGGAUAGUAGAGCGAGCGAAACGCGAGCGCUCGUGAAAAUCACCCCACGCGAGAAAAGGCGACACGCGGCGGGGAGAGAGACAAAUGAUUUUCACGCGCGCUCGCGUUUCGCUCGCUCUACUAUCCCUGAGGAAAAAUGGGGGACUACUCGUAGUCUAUUUACGCAAGUGCAAUGGGUGUUGUUCAGACGUUCAGGUAACGUAUGGUUGAGGUAAAUUCUAAGCGUAUCACAAAUAUCGAAUAAUUUAUUUCCAAACCACAGGAAGUAGUUUCAACCAAAUUUGACCGUUAAAAUGCUGCUUUUCCUUUAUAAAAGCUGCACGGCCCUUACAUAUGGCAAUUUAUUGCUAUCCAUACAUUUCUAAUUGUCUUCAUCCCCUUUUUAGAAGGUGUUAUUACUCCCUGCCAGAAGGCGCAAAAGAAUUCCAAUAGUCUUCCUUUUGGUGACUCACAUUUAAUUCGGUGUAAGCAAGAUGGCAGUUACGAAGAGGUGCAGUGCAGUGGAUCAACUGGAUUCUGUUGGUGCGUUGAUGAGAAGGGUUUCCAACUUAAUGGAACAAAGACUAGGGGACCUUUAAAGUGUCCUUCACUCGGUUUGUAUACGGCUUUAUCUGCGUAUGUUUAUAACUAUCUCAACGUCACUUCCUUUACCAAGACGUCGUUUGGGCACGAUUUCUAGUUAUAGCCUAUGAAAAAAAAAAUGCAAUUUCGUUGCACACCCACAUAGAAUAUAGUUUCCUUAGUAUCAAAUUAAAGCUUAGCGUUUACUGAAUUGUAAUCAUUCUCUUUUUAGACAUGAAACCUUAGUAUAGUUGUGAAAAAGGGGAUUUUGCUUGGGGUGUGGAUGGGGAGUAUUUUUGACCCUUAAUUAUUAGAAUCACCAAAUGAAGAAAUCAAUUCAACCUUUCAACUCAAACUUUCACAAAAUGUCAAUUUACUGGUGAAAAUUGACGUUCAUAUAACCUUAGUUUGGCCACUAUUUGUCAUGGCAAAUAAGGAUUGUUUUGUUCUCAAUUUUGUUAUUUUUUCAAUUAUAGGCGUAAGGUUAACGCUUUGUCAGAAACAGUACAUAACAAAUUCCAGAAGUCUUCAACCAAAGCGAGAACCUCCUCGGUGUCAAGAAGAUGGAAGCUUCGAGAAGAUUCAGUGUCGUGGAAUGACGUGCUUCUGUGUUGAUACGGAAACUGGGAGAGUUGUAAAGGACAGUAGCAUCAUCACGCUUUAUGGAGAGCCUAGAUGCCACGGUACAGGUAAGCAAAUACUAUACGAAAGAUGAUAAUUUCUCUAGCGUGCGCGCACUGCGCGUGAUUAGCUUCGGCUAGUAACCAUGAUUUAAAGUCGUUUUCAUUGUAACCACGUUACGCUUUAAUUCUAAAUGCCGAUUUACGUCUUCCGUAAUUGUUUCGAAAGUAAACUUGUUUUGCUGUUUUAUGUCCGCUUGUUUUAGGUCAUGGCCUCACACUUUGCCAAAGAAUGCAUGAAGAAGCCAUUACCAAUCCUACAAAGGACAUUUACGUUCCACAGUGCUCUUUCAAUGGGAGUUUCGUGGACGUUCAGUGUCAUGGUGCCAGCAACGAGUGUUGGUGUGUGGAUCAACAAGGCGAUGAGUUGACUGGAACGAGGUCCAAAGGGCCUCUGAGGUGUGACGGCCUAGGUUUGUUUCUCACUUUUAUAUUAACAGUGCUGUUAUUGUUAGAACUACAGCGUAGGCCCGUGUGAGGAUUUUUGAUAGGGUUUCUGCUUUGACGGUUGACGGAGUUUAAUACCUGUAAUCCGAAAUCUUCUUUCGAAUUCCUUCCACAAGUGUUUUUGAGUAUAUUUUUAGGUCGAACGAUUGACAGCCUAAACUAUCGAUGAGUCCUAUCAGCGUAUGGAUUUCAAAUGAGAUCCUGGUCGUAGUAUAACUAAUCGUUUUGCCAAGGGUCGUCGCCUAAAUUUGAAACCAUUUAAAGAGAUUGUUGGGCGUAGUCCUUUGCUUGAAAUUUCUUCCUUCGUCCAAAAAAGAAAGAUAAAUAAAUGAAAGGGAAAUGAAAAUCCUUCGAAUUUCCAAAUGGGGAAAAGAAGUUCGGGAAGAAUGAAGGUGCAGAUGGCAGGUCAAGUUUGUACUCCGCACUUGCAUUGCAGUAGUCCUAAAAAGUGUCCGCUUUAAGAAUAUUCUUCUAUCGUCAGGAAAUCAGUUAUCUGCUUGUCAAAAGGAAUAUCAGAAGAACCUUCGUCGCCAAUCCGCAAUCCGCUAUGUACCUCGUUGUGCUGUAGAUGGCAGUUAUGGCAAAGUGCAGUGCACGGGGGGAUUAUGUUAUUGCGUUACUCCACGAGGAGAACAGAUUCCUGGGACCAAGACAUUUAAUUCUGCCAGAAAACCAAACUGCUCUCAUCCAGGUAUAUUAAAACCUAUAGGCGGAAAUAAAGCAGUUUGUUGUAACUGUUUUUUUUUUAUUGAACGGUUUUAAUGAAUCUAAUUGUUGUCAGUUUUUCACCUUUUGACUAAACACUUAACAACAUUGGUUCAGUCGCUUUGUUUAUGAACGAUGCUGUUCGUAAGAAAACGUAGUGACAUUAGUAGAAAUCCAAAAACGCAAUCGGAAUAUGCCCGCUAAUACUCUCAUCUGGUUACUUCAAAUGACUAUCUGACACUGAUAACAUAGUUACAUGAACAUGCACUUGAUAAAUCUGAGCAGAGGUUUAAAAUUAGAUAUUUCCCUUUCUAAGUCUGAAUAUUGAAGCAAGCCGCGCAUUUUGGUUGGAAAUCUGCAACAGCAACGCGUCAAUGGCCACAUAAAAAAGUACUAUUAACGCCGUCUUGAUUCCCUUUUCAGAUGCCAACAUCAGCCCUUGUGAGAAAAAGCGUCGGGAAGCGAUUUUCUUUUCCCUAAGUUAUGUUCCUUUCUGUAAACCUGACGGAAGCUGGUCGGAGAUACAGUGCGAACGCCUCUCAAAGAAUUGUUGGUACGUGGACACUAACGGACAAGAGGUCCCUGGUACAAGAUGUAAUAAAUCAGAAAAGACACCCGCUUUCGGUUCGUGAUACUUCCUUUUCUUAAUUUCCACCAUAAAGCUUUUACACAUAAAGCACUCAUCAGUCUCAUUUGAAACAUGCGGUUGAACCCAGGGCCGUUUUCACGAAAUCUGCCUUUCUUGUUUUUCUGUUUUGUCCUGUUUUGUUUUUUUUACUUCGUGGACUUCAUUUUACCCAUUUUCAUUUUUACUGUUAAGCCACUAGGGUCAGACAAAUGUAACUAACUGCAGCUCAAAGACUAAGCGGCUGGCUACUCCCUUAAUUGUCAGUGUCAUUCCAUCGAUUGAUCUGUCUCUUGGUCAAGAGUUCACUCAACGCUUGCGUGCAUCGCCGAGAAUGCUAUUGGUUUUUGCGACAUGUACUUACAGUGCCAGGUUUCUCAAUGCGUGGCAUAAUACUUAGUGUGUAUCAACUUAGCGAUUAACAUGACAUCUUGUUGUAUCUAUAACAAUUCUUACUUCUUUUUCGUUUUACCUUUUGCAGAAAAGCUGAGCCCUUGCAGAAGGAGGUUGGUCAAUUUGUUAAGGAGCGCACAGCCUGGCAGACAUCUUCCAUGGUGCCGAACAGAUGGGUCUUACAACCCGAUGCAGUGUUCCGGCUCUUACUGCUACUGUGUAUACGAAAAUGGAAAUGUGCAGCCUGGAACAAGGAUUAGUGUCGCUGCGGGUAGACCUGUCUGCACACACAUCAGUAAGCUAUGAUUGACUGUCCCUGUAUACAAUUACACUUAUCUAUUUUAGGUGAAGGCUAUCUGCAUUUUGCCAGAGAGAGCCAUCGAUGGAAUUGGGUAAAAUCAGAGUAUCUGCGGCAAAUUAGGUAAAUUACAUAAUGUUUACAGUGACACAAUUUAAAAUAGGGGGCGUGACCUGUACUCGAUGCGUUGUUGUUGUUUAUACGUAUUACUAGAGAAAGUAGCGAAAAGUUAGAGGAAUGCAGUACCUUGUAGGAGUCUACAUAAACAUCAUACUCUUUUUCAUGGUAGAAACAAUUCCUUGUGUAAUAUUUAUUCGUUUACAGAAUUGUCUGUCUCUUCGUUCGCUUGUUUCUCAGGUGGGGCAGUAACUUCCUGCCAGCGUAGAUAUCGAAAGGCUCCAUUUCAGCUUUCCCAAAAUCUGUUUAUACCUCGAUGUAAACUAGACGGACGGUACGAGGAAGUGCAAUGCCAGUCCUCUAGUGGCCAGUGCUGGUGCGUAGACCAGAAUGGAAAGGAGAUUCCAAAGACCAGGUCAUCUGAGCUUAUAAAAUGCCCUGUCAAAGGUAGUUGGCGCUUGUAAUGGUGGUACUGUAAGUUUGCCAUAAUGCUACUGCUUCUUUUUUGAAUUAAGAUAGAAGAUGAGAAACGAAUCAUAAGGUCUUUUCUGGUGUUGCGCGGAAGGCGCUGGAUAAAUUUAAACGCCUGGCCAUAAGAGCUAGCUUUGACUCUUGAGGGACAGACAAGGAUGAGGCAAUGAUAGAUGGGUGGUAUUGAUUUUUCGCAACUAAAAUUGAUAUCUCAAAAAAAAAAAAAAAAAAAUUAUUCAUCAGCGCUAACAAAUCACAAGGCUCAAAAUCCAGAUCAUUUUUGUAGAAUUUAUGUGGCACCGUGCUGUUAUUGAGGAGUUGUUUAAUUUGAAAUGUAUGGGCUGCAGCAUUCAUUGUGUUGUUUCUUACUUGUAUUAAAAAUCAACGCGGAUAAUUUUUUAAAUUUAAAUCAAUAGUCAGUCCUUUGACCUCAUGCCAGAAGCGCUACAUAGAUUAUGCAAAGAAUCCGCUUCCAGGACUGAUGAUUCCAAGGUGUAAAAGGAAUGGCACUUUUGAGCCUACACAAUGCAAAGGACUCGACUGCUUUUGUGUUGAUAAAGAAGGAAAUGAGAUCAAGGGAACUUCUUUGCCAGUUAGACUCGGAAAACCUAACUGUGACCUCCAAGGUGUGUAUGUUGAUUGUAUAGUUUGUUUUUUAAUGCACUGAGUACCUUAUUCAUUGACAGCAUAUUCAUUAGUAAUAAACAUAAAGUAAUCGAAAAGUCAUGCCACACGCAUGAGCCCACAACAAGCCAGAAAACCCUCAUUUACCAAUAAUUAAUUCUACAAAACGGCAAGUCCUAGAAAAUUUGACAUUCUCCAUCCGUUCUCCCACUUCUAAAUACAUUCUUUCACUGGAAAUCCCUUCAAUUCCCGAUGUUUUCCUUGAGGUGAAUGUCGUAUUGGCUGAAGGGAUUCAGUUUGUACUAUAACCCCGGGGCUGUUGCCGGUUAACUAAACGGAAACAUUAACACUUCCACUAUAACAAGGAUAACGUUCCCGAAAAGAUGAGAGCCUCUAGGUUGUCAAUCUGUGGGAUCGAAGUGUCAUGGAAUAACUUGAAAGUUAUUGUUAUUAUUAUUAUUUUAUUUAUUUCUAACUAUGCAAUCAAGUGGGCUGGGUCAAACCCCAAAUGAAAACUUGCAUGGACCAUUGGUAGUUAUAUUUUUUAGGUAACAGUUGAAAAAGCUCAUUUUGUAAGUUUUUUGGGCAGAUACAGAGCCUCUGUCCAUUUGCCAAAGACAGCACAGCGAGGCAUUAAAACUUCCCGCCAGUCCUUUUCGUUUCAUUCCCACAUGCAAACGUGAUGGUAGAUUUGAAAAAAUCCAGUGUCUUCGAGCUACAAAGCAAUGUUGGUGUGUAGAUGAAAACGGGCAGGAAACCUUUGGAACGCGGACCACUGGUGACCUCAAAUGUCCUUCCGCAGGUUAGAUAUCAGACAUUUUUAAUUCGUUAUGGCGCAGACAUUAAGCUAUUACAUAAAUCUUUGUUUUCGAUACGUUUUUGAAAACCUCCAUUUACGACUCAACAUAAACCCAUCGGAAGCUCUAUUUUGACUUCUUUUGUAUUUUCUUCAUUCCACAGCUUCUCCUUUAACUCAGUGCCAAAAGGAGUAUCAAGAAAUUCUCAGAAGCUGGAUUUUACCAGGUCCUUAUAUACCUCAGUGUACACACGAUGGAAGAUAUGAACGAGUGCAAUGCCAAGGACGCUACUGCUACUGUGUAAACGAAAAUGGAGUAGAAUAUGCGGGAACACGAGUAGAUAUCACUGAAGGAAGACCAAAGUGUCACACUGGAGGUGAUCCUUUUUGUCUUUUUUCUCUUUGAAAUUACACUGUGGAAUUACCUCGGACAAAAUUAACCGACUUUUUUUGUUGCUCACGAGGAGGGAUAUCAACGAAUGGACAGCACAUCAUUCAUUAGCAAUGGGCCAAUUCCGAAACACAGUAUAUGUAUUUUUAAGAUGGUUCAUACACUGCUCCAAGACUUAGAGGAGUAAAUGAGGAGAAUGAACGGUUUAAUAUGUGGACCUCAAUGUGAUUUCACUUGUUUUAUUCCUCCCUUAAGCUUAAAGUAUUUGUCCAAUUCUGACCUAUUUAUUCUGUUAAACAAAAAUGUGUUUUUUAAUCCCUUUACAUAGAGGUCUCUGGAAGUGCUCUACCAUUUUUGUUUACCUUUGAUCUUUUGAUCUUAUAUUGCAGGCCACGCCCUCACUUUUUGUCAAAAGCACUUUCAGGACUAUCUUCGACAUCCAAAGCCGGAUCUAUUUGAGCCUCAUUGCAGUAAAACAGGGGCCUUUAAAUCUGUUCAGUGUCAUAAAUCAGAAUGCUUUUGCGUUGACCAAGAGGGAGCUCAGAUUCCACAGACAAGAAGGAAUAUUGCGACAGGGAAGCCCCCUUGUUCCUGGCCAAGUAAAUAAACUAAAUUAAUAGGAAAACUGUUGACACAUAAGCUAUAAUCAUCACAAGUUUUUUUUGUUGUUGUUUGAGACAAAUUCUUGCUACACUCACUGUGAUGGUGACAGCUGUAAGUUUUGUCAAUGGCGAUUUUCUGCGUCAUCUGAGUUAACAUGUAACAAGUCCAUGAAACGGUAAAGGGUUGUGGAAUUCAGUUCAGGCAGAUCUAAAAUUAAAAGGCAUCGCUCGUGCCUCCCCAGAGAGUGUCGAGUAGGCAAUUACACUAGACUUUUUGUUCAAAAAAAGUAAUUCAGAUCGAUUUCUGCAUGUGGUUUCUUCUGGAAUGUUUUAAUUUUUGUGCUUUUUAUUAGGAAUGGCUUUGACCAAGUGCCAGAAGCUUCUGCAAGAGUCAAUAUCCCGGUCAACAGAUCCUAAUCGGUUUGUUCCAAAUUGUAAAUACGAUGGUAACUACGUAGAACUACAGUGUCAAAACUCCUCUGGGUUGUGUUGGUGCUUGGACAAAGGCGGUAAACAGCUAAAUUUAACAGCAACAAACCAAAUAGUCAAGUGUUCCGGCAUAGGUAAGGUAGUUUUUCCGCUGAACCGUACGUUAUGUUUAUAGCCUUUGCUUUGAUACCCUGGCAUUGAUUAUUAGUGAUGAUAGGAUGGGUGGGGUUUCGUUUUCUCAAUUCUUUGUUGCAGUAGGGGGCGCUUGUAUUAGUUUUUGAAUGAUUUUUUUGUCACAGGAUGAUACAUUUUAUCCCUCCAUCGUUGCAGAGACUGAUUCUCUAUGCUGGAAACGCUAUCAACAAAACAUUAAAAGUGGCAUUCCAGGCUCCCAUGUUCCAUGGUGCAGGCCUGACGGAAGCUUCUCUCCUCUACAGGUUCAAUCGUCUCAGUUUUUCUGUGUCAACAAAAUGGGUGAUGAGGUGUCUGGCACUAGCGUUGAUAUGACCCUUGGUAAACCUGACUGCCAUGCAGCUAGUAAGUAAAUCAAUGAUUUAAACAGACAAAAAAUCAUGGCGCAGGAUGCCUGUUGUUCUCGGGACAUUUAAUUCCAGUUCAACCGAUAAAAUUAUGGGUCAGUCAUGCAUAUACUCUAUAAUCGUGCUUCAACCAUUGGUUGCUUAGAAUUCACACGAUGCUCAUUUUCUCUAAAAUUUAUAUGAUGUAGGCGGCAAACGUAACAAUGAAUGCAGCGCGCUAUUGUUUUUUCGCUUUUAGUCCCCUCUCUUUCGCAAAUCGUAUAUGCGCACAUUUCGCAGUGAACGUUAAGAAACUACCCUGCGUGGCAGGCGUUAGAACAGGAAGGAGAAGGGAAUUGGGGCUUCUCACGAGCCCAAAAUCCCCUUUCCACGCAGGCUAAGAAACUGAGCCUUGCCUUUUUGCAGGUAUUUUCAUAGGUCAAAAGUUAAACCGGAGAAACAAAGAUGAACUGCGCGAACGAGAUCUUAAUUACGUCGUAAAUAAACUGACUGUAUGUUAAAUAUUAAAAUAAUGAUGACAGGUGCGGUUAAUCUUAUUGUUAAAUACAAACCAUUCUAUUAGCCACCAGUGUAAGGCCCGUUUCAAACGUCGUGCUACUGCCGUGCCGAACUCAAUUGGUCGAAUUAAAUUCGACUUUAGCACGGCAGUAGCGCGACGUUUGAAACCAAGUCGUGCUACUGCCGUGUUGCACGGCAAGCCUUACCGUGCUACACGACAGCGACUCGACUUGGUUUCAAACGUCGCGCCACUGCCGUUCCGAGCUCAAUUCAUAAAUUAUAAAUACAUUAGAAUACAUUUUAAAGUUUGCCAAACCGUUUCUUUAUUUUUGUGCUUUGUUUUCGGCAACAGCCGUUCUAUUCGACUGAAUUAAAUUCGACGUCUGAAACCAAGUCGUGCUAAUGUCGUGCUGCAGUCGAGCUACAGUCGAGCCAGCUUAGCACGGCAGUAGCACGACGUUUGAAACAGGCCUAAGAGUGACAUACCCUAGGGAUAAGAUCAAGAAUAACAAGCGAACAAAAUAGACUUAACAGUAUUAUUUGUUUUGAUUUAAAGCAUCUCGUGGAUUUAUAGUAACGCCUUGUCAACGUGAACGUGCUCGUCGCUCCCAUCUUCCGUUGAUGCCUGGAAAACAUGUUCCCCGUUGUAAUGUUGACGGGACGUAUGAAGAAGUACAGUGUGACAUUGCGAUUGGACAAUGCUGGUGUGUGGACCGAGAUGGUAGAGAAAUAGAAACAACAAGGACUGAGAGAGUCAUUAGAUGCGGUGCAGGUACUUUGAUUUUCCUAGCCCGGGUUGUUCAAACGCUGGAUAGCACUAUCCACCAGACAGAUCACUUUCCAGCGGAUAAGUAUUAGGGAAACCAAUUGCGCUACCCAGUGGAUGGAGACUUAUCCAGUGGAUAGCGUUAUCCACCAUUUGAACAACUGGUGCCAGGAUUAUACAAGGAUUUGUUCUGUAGCUUCUCUGACCAACAAGAGAGUUAUUCGUUUUCUUCAGCAUGCACAGGUUCUAUGUCAAAUUCCUCUGGCAUCUGCUGUGUUAUCAGUAAAUUUUUUUAGCUCAAAAAUAUAUUUUCACUAUUGGCUUUUGAAUGCGAUUUCUUUCGUCACUUUUUAAAGUAUAAAAUGUCCUUUUGUAGAGAAUCUUACUUCAUGCCAGAAGCAUCAGAGAAGGGCCAUAGAAUUUUCAAGAGCUGGACCAAAUUCCUGGAACUUUAUACCGAGAUGCAGGGAAGACGGCGGGUAUUAUGAAGUGCAAUGUCACGUGAGCUCCGGCCAAUGUUGGUGCGUGGACCAAAAUGGCAAUGAACUUUGGGGCUCUGUGACUCGUGGAUUACCAGACUGCUCAGGUAAAUAAAUGUAUAAGAUAACUCGAAAUUAAACUGCAUUUACUCAAUUGCAUGCAAGGCUCCGAUAGCAUUGCUCAACCCACAGUAGCUGGAAAAUCGUGACAGGGUAAAAGUUCAGAAAACGUUGAAGUGAAAAGAAAAGCGUGUCUGUUCCAUAAAAACUAGGAAAUUUCCACUAUUAAAUUCCCCAUUGAACACCCUGUCAUCGUUUAAACUAAAGCGGGCUCAUUCAGGCCAUAUUGUUGUCUUUUUAGAGCCUCUACAGUUCUUUCUUCUUUGACCACCACAGACUUGUGUAUCAAAACAUUCUUCCUCAGGUAAAUUGAGUAAAUUAGGCAGUCAUUGAAUUUCUGACCCCUACUCUAAGGAAUUAUUUAUGGUAAGUACAUACAUUCAUAUUCUAGAAUAAUUAUUAAUCAUAUAAUAUCUUUUUUAGUGAAUAUAACCAAUUGUCAAAGUCAUCGAAGUCGAGCCCUUGGUUUGGCAGGGAAUCCACCCCCGGGUACCUUCGUUCCGCACUGUAAACCUGAUGGAAACUACGACGAAGUUCAGUGCCAUAGUUACACUGGCCUCUGUUGGUGUGUCGAUGAACAUGGAAGUGAGAUCCUGGGAACUAGGAAGUGGACAAGACCUCGGUGUUCAAAACUUCCGACAGGUAACAGACUAUUCCUUACUCCUUAAAUGACAGACAAAAUUGGCACAAGCUUUCGGUGAAAAGACUUAUUGUAUCAUAUAAAUGGACUGAGAGAAUUCUCCAAUGAUUGCCUUUGAAUACCAUUGACUGUUUAUAACAUACGAAUGUCCACCCAAACGAUCAUUCAAAUACUGAAAUUGAAAUUCGCCACGGUGAAUCAACACGGUGCUUGGAAUGAAACAGGGCUUGCGUCACUGCAACCGACAUCAAGCCCUUCAUCACCCACCCAGCUAGCGUUGAUAGAUUGUACACACCACCGGGGUCUACCUCCAUCUACUCUUAACGAUCAGCGAUACGGGUUAUUUAACGUCCACAAGAAUAAGACCAGUGAAGGAGCUGUGAGACGGGAUCACGGUUUUCGUCGUUAUCCCCAAAACAGGAAUGUCAGACUAUUUUUAGUUAGUAUAUACACACUCAGUGAUCUUGGUGAUUUAAGCGAUCUGAUUGGUUCGCUAUCUCGGACUAUUCAACAAUAUUCACCUCCUAGCGAGUGGAUAAGGGACUGUGCAAUAAUUAUCAGGAGGGGGGGCGGGGGGCUGAAAAACUAGAGUUAUCUAGCAAAAACUCAGACAGUACCCCUCCUCCAAAACAAAAAAAUUAGUUCUAACCCCCCUCUGUUAUGUUAAAAAUAACGCCGCACCCCCCCCUUCACUUCCCACCACACUGACUAAAAACUGGACUGAGCUGCCAUCACAGCUUCAAUAAUGACAAAAGUUAUUAUGUAACAUCUAGUAUCAAGAAGGAUGUUGAUCGCUUGAUUGAAGAUUUAGACAAAGCAUUUGCUAAGUACCGGGGUGCUUACCACAUUACCUCAAAAUCUAAAACUUUUGAAGCCAGAAAGAGAAAGGAACAGAGAAAAAAUCAAAGAACAGGAGAUUGAACGCUUCAAAUAACAGACGAAAAAGAGGUUGCAUUAUAUUUAGAUCCUUGGGAGGAGAGCCUGUUCAACUUUGUUAUGAGCCAGAUAUAUAUGGAAUUCAGCAAAUCGAUUCAGUCGAUAAAGAAACAUUACUUUUAUUCACAUAAAAAACCGACAAAGCUUGUCUACGAGAUCUGUUUGAUUCCCAUUGUUUUAUGGGGGAAGCUGAAAAACAAGUUCAUGACUUUUGCUUUACAUAGGAUCAGCUCAAUUAAUUAGAAGACGGGUUAAAAUUGAUCAGUUGUGAAUUUGCUUUUCAUUUUGAUGGAAUAUUUUCAAUAAUCGUUUAACAGCUGUUCGUAUUGAUAUUUGUUACAGUCUAUCAUGAUGCCUGUAUUGAGAAUCUUUUAUUGCGUUUAAUUUUAUUUACAUUUCGAAUAAAACUUAAGGCCCCCCCUCCGUCAAAUGAGUGAUUUUACUUUGAGCCCCCCCUAUCUUGGCAGCAAUUUUAUGUAAUGCCCCCCCUCUAGUUUUUCAGCCCCCCCUCCUGAUAAUUAUUGCACAGUCCCUAAUGUGUGAGCUCGUUUUUUUUCCCAUUUUCUUAGAGAAAGAUCUUUUAAAAGUCGACAAAAUCCUAGGGUUGACUUUUUUUCAGGCAAGAAAAGACUUCGAAGGAUUCAAAACGGCGUUUUUCCAUUUUCUGUUGUUGAGUUUUGUGGUCGAUCGAUUGUUUACAACUCCCGUUAAUUCGCCUAGAAGAGGCCGUUUCGUGAACUCAGCGUUUCCUAACAAGAAAAAUUUGGCCCAAAAACGAAGUUUAUUUAUGACAAACAAAUUUGAAAGCAAAUGUUUUCAGAAAUUCUACGUUUCAAGUAAACACGAGAAAUAAUGCUACAUGAAGACGAUGUCUUACCUCGAGGAACCGAAUCGCCAUUUUUGUCAGCACUUUAUGCGAAGAACGACACAACAAACCUUUUAAUUUUCGGCUAUAAACUUGGCGAGUCAAAAGAAAACAACAAAGCUCUUCUUUUCUUCUCAGGUAAGGAAACAAUUCAAACUUUUAGCGGUUCCAUUUAAGUCAUUACGCUGUUGUUUGCGAAGUGAUAAGCUUGUGAAUUGCCAUGUUUGAAAAUUCUACAAAGAUCUAUUUUUAAACUGUUGCGUGUCUAGCUGACCUGAUCUGUCAAUCAAAUCGUACUUUUUAAUGAGACAUUUACCAGCGGGUAAAUGCAGUUAAUGGAGCAUGAAGCCCCAGGGGGGUAGGCUGAGAAAGCCUGCCCCGUCUUAGGCUCGGUGAUAUCUUGAAAGCCUGAUUCAUUAAAUGAAAGCACUCUAUUCUUUAAGCAGAAAACAAAAGCUUUUCAUGGCUAGAACCUCACUAAUUUGUCGCAUGUUUGUCAUCGUGUAUUUUCUUAGCUUCACAAAGAUUGGUCCCUGUUUUCAAAGCCCUAUUCAGAGCUAUUCAUGGCUAGACCUUAAUCAUGAUAAGUUGAGAUAGUUUAUAGUACAACUGUGCCUAUUGGCCGUACUUUGAGACACUGUCUGACUAUAAAGCUUUGCCAAUGCCACUCCUAGUCAUUAUUUGGUUAGCUUGCACGAAAGCAAUCAUUUAAAGUAGUUUUGUUACCCGCCCUCCCUCCCUUUGGAGGAGUUGUUGUUUUGUUAUGUCUCAAUAAAUUUUGGUGGGUCACUCCCUGUGGUGCGGUUAAGUCUGCGUUGCGACUUCCCCCAAGCUUUUGGCAUUGCUUGUGUCUUGCCAUCUUUUGAGCUAUUCCUUUGCCUUAAUCUUGUCCGAUCCAGCCCGUGCGGCGAUGGGGAGAUAAGAAAGGCUCUGCCAAGAUUCUUGUCCUACCCCACGGUAGUGGGGCGAUAAGUAAGGCUUGUGUUAUUUUGUGCGCAUAACCCGAAGUCGCUAUAACCUGCCACAGAGCUGUGUCCCCCCCUCAUUACGCCAUCAUGUAGUUGUUGUUUAUUUAGCCUGCGUGCGUCAUUUAUUUGCGUGACGUUUGCAUGCGUAUCUUACAAGCGGAAUAGUGACAUUAAUGGUUUCCUCCCUGAUUUUGUUGAGAUCACUUCGUGUGUAUACACUAAAACAAUUAUUCUUUUCAAUCUCGGUGAAUAGUGGCUUUAGGAAUAUUUACCGCGCCACUUCGCGGCUCGGUAAAUAUUUUGCCGCUAUUCACCUCGAUUUCAAAGAAUAGUUGUUAAAUAUCAAAACAUAGAUGGCGGCACAUUCUCCUGGCCCUUUUUAUCCCGCUGGGGUUUAGACCCGCGACUUCCCGCUCGGCAAACAGGCGCUUAUCCUGGCCAAUUAAGGUAAUAGGAGGCGACCUUUUCGGUCGCCGUCCCUUUUUCUAGCGAUAGUCUGUACCUUUACCGGAUACCGUAGACGUAUUCAACUAUUUAGUCAUUGCUAGCUGGUUAUGAAGAAUUGGCCUGGGGAUUUUACCUAGUCAGAAACUGAGAUAAAUUUUUAACGAAUAAUCAAUAGGUAACAAUCGUCAGAUAAAAACCCCAUAUUAUUUUCCCUUGAUUUAUUUUUCUCUCUAGAACAUGGAACUCCCCUUGACCUUGGUAUUCUAAUUGAUGCCUCUGAUACAGCUGUUGCCAAGAACUGGACAAAAAUGAAAGCUUUAGCGUCUUCAAUCGUCGCUUCUUUUAAAAUUUCCACCAGCGAAACUCAUGUUGGUAUUGUAGUGUUCAGCCGCGAUGCAGAAAUUCCGUUGUAUUUCAACACUUUACAGGAGAACAACCUCACAAAAGAAAAUGUGCAGAAAGUUUUAGACAAACUAAAGCCUAUUCAAGGGUCGAGUCGAUUCGAUGUAGCAAUGCAACUGACCGAGGAGGAACUGUUUAACGAGGCGAAUGGAAUGAGAAUCGAAAUACCCAAGGUGAGAAACGUACUUUUUGCACGUAUUAAUGUAGCAAAAUCUUAAAAUUGAAAUAGCAGAGAAAAACCUGAUGUACCGUCAGAUUGAAUUCAUACCAAGAACUCAUAAUAAGUGCUUCCUCCGAUUGGUAUUGACACUGAAACAGCAUUCUGAAACACUUGUUUGAAAAUUUGAAAUUUCUUCGAAAAGAUGGUGUUCUCUAGCAACGUGAGGAGUCAGUGACUUUCCAUCGCUAUCACAACUGAAGCUAUACAUCGAAGUGGCGUUGUUAAAGUCUCCCUAACAACCAUGGGAAAGAAAGUCGCACAGAAGAAAAUGGAUGGUAUAUUGUAUCGCAUGUCUGUUCAUGACCGUUUAUAGCUGGUUUUUUCAUCCUCUUGAACAAUCAAAAAGAUAACAUUGUACUUAAAAAUGACUUUGUUAACCCUAGGUCAUUGUUCUGUUAACGAGUAGCAGUCAGACGAAAAAUCAGGGUCCUUACACCCCAUUGUUAGCUUCUGCUCAAGGUCUGCGGGACAGAGGUGUCUUCAUUUAUGCUUUUGCUAUUGGUGACGAGGUGAAAGUUUCGGAGCUUAUGGACCUAUCUUCAGAUUACAGAAAUGUUUUUUCUGCGGAUGAUUUCAGCUCACUUCCGUCAGAGUUCAAAAUGUUGACAGAAGUGAUCAAGAAUGAGACUAAAGCGAAUUCUAAAGGUAGGCUUCAACUAAGUCUGAAUGCUGUCAAAGGUUUCAAAGAUGGGUAACACUGUACCACAAUCAGGACAGGAAAUUUCUUAGAAAGUAAUUUCAGCUAAGACCUGGUGCCCACCAGUAGGUCGCCAUAAACGACGGGCUAAUUUCUGUCGAUUUUUUUUGAUUGGUGACCAGGAUCUAAUUUUCAUUUGACGCUGACAAAUUUACGCGAAUAGGCAUGUUCUAAUUUAAAAAAAAAAGGUUGUCGAAGGUAGUUGCAGCAAAGCGCUCCAGAUUUCAAAGAGAAUAGCAAACCGCUAUUGAAUUAGAACGCAUUCAGUACAACCUUUUUGAACGUCUAACUGGGCUUCCUUGAAAGCCACUCUGUUAACUUUCUCACUCAGUUUCAUGGUAAUUUUGAUAUCUGGUUGAAUUUUGUUAAUAUGUGCUGUUUUAGAAUGGCUUUGCAACCUCGCUCCUGAACCUGGUCAGCUCGGAUGUCUUGGAUCUUUAACUGCGUUUUACUUUGAUGCCGCCUCAGGAGAGUGCCAUUCUUUUGUGUAUAGUGGAUGCGGAGGCAAUGCCAAUAACUUUCCCUCUCAUGAAAAGUGUAUGGACACUUGCAAAGGUGACAGUUUCUUAGUAAACUAUUAAGAAAUUAUUGAAUUCUGAUGGCUGCGAUGUCGUUUUAGAAGUAAUUUUGAAGAUACUCUUUAUGUCUUCUGCCUUGGAGAAGGGACAGUGAAAGUAACGAAUAUGAUAAUGACAAAAACUAGCAAGAGUAGAUAUAAUUCAAAAACGUAUCAUUAUCUCCAACACUGAUUACUGACUUAAUAAAUAAUAAUUUUGAUUGAUUGUAUGGUUAUAAUGCUUUACCUCUAGUUACACAGAAUUAUAGUCUUAGUUGUCUACGCAGAGACUUUUAAUUCUAAAAAUAGAGAGAUUUAGAGUGACGUUUAAGGCAAAUGGCAAACGUCAUAUUCAAGUUGGAAAUUUCUCAAAAUCGAAAACGUGCAGCUAAAAAAAGUCCAAAAUGUGAGGUAGAAGUAAUCAACAUUAAAGCACAAAUUAAGGGAAAAUUUGGUCACGUGGUACAAAUUCAAGUUUGCCGUUUGCCUUAUAAGUGACUCUAAAUCUCUAUAAUGUCAUUUUUGCAGUAAUUUGCCCUAAUUCUGUACGUGUAUUAUAUUUAGUCGUAUAUAAAAUGUAACCCAAGAAGUUUUUUGUUUUUUGUUACACAGGAGUUCUUCCAUCUUGUUUUGCUGAAGAAAAACGCCUUUUCGCCCUACAAGUAGGCCAUUUUACUCCGAAUUGCAAACCCAACGGCAGAUAUGAAGACGUACAGUGUUACGGCCAGACAGGAUACUGCUGGUGUGUUGACGAGUACGGCAAAGAGAUGGAGGGUACUCGAGUCAUGGGCAUACCAAUGUGUAGCCUGGCAACGGGUAUGUUUCUUUUUGUUCCUAAAUGUAUUAAUUUAAUUUACCGGGUAACUACCCAAAUUAAAUUCAGUAUGGACCACUGAACUAUGGUUUCUUAUAAUUUAGCAUUUGAUAGCAAUUUUACUAGUUCAAAUGUUUGUCAGAAAAGGGCUGCCGUAGUUUAUUAUUAUUGUUAUUUUACUUUAUUAGCCUUCGGUAAACUUACGCCAUGUCUUAAAGAAAGACGCAGAGCUCUGGAAUUGGCGGGCGUUCCAUCUAUUGGAAGGUUUGUCCCUGAGUGCAUGCCAGAUGGGCAGUACUCACAGAUGCAGUGCUUUGGAAACACAGACUUCUGCUGGUGCUCAGACAAGAAUGGUUAUGAAAUUGCUGGCACACAUCGCUGGGGAACGCCGCAAUGUCCAGUUGAAGGCGAGUGAAUCCAUCUUUACCUCAUUGCUCAAAGCCAAUUGAAGUCCGCUUUCGUUAGUUUAAGGCAAGCGACAUAACUUCAGCAACUGCAUGAUAUGUCUUGUUGAAUUGUGUCUUUUACUAUAAAGGUUUAUCUUCCUUGUGGUUUUGAGUAUUAUAUAUUUUCUACUGCCAUUGACCUUACAUUUUUAACAGUUUUUUGAAAGACAUGACUCAAAGUUUAAACAUAAAUCAGGAAUAUUUAUAGCUAAAGAAUAUCAAUACAAGUAGCUAACGAAGGAACCGGAAAAAAGUGCAUUUACUCCAUUACACUUCGCCUGUGUAAGUAACAGGGAAACAUAAUUUAAAGUCAUCGCCCAUAGUUGAGCUUGGGAACUGAUCCCUUAGCCUUACUGAUCCCUUGGCUCAAGUUUAACCUUGCCUAAAAUAAGUUUUGCCACAUUGAAAUACUUUGCACUCUUUAUAGUUCGUCCCGGCGUGUGCCCGUAUGUCUCAGAUCCAACUAAAUGCCCAGCAGAAAUGACUGAACAGACAUGCUCUCAAGAUAGCGACUGUACCGGAUCUUCCAAAUGUUGUGAUUGUGGAUGUGUCAGGCGUUGCACAUUUGUUUCUUUGAAUGAAACAGGUAAGAAAAUUUAGAUUAGAGAGACUUUAGAUUGGAGACUACUAUAGUCUCAGUGAAGGUGUGUCAAAAAGAUCUAUAGUGGUAACUGCGCUUAUGUUUGAGAAUAGAGAAAAAUAAUAUCCUGGUAACUUCUUUUCAACAACGUAGAUUAAAAAAUCUCAUUAUUUCUUUUUGGUUAUUAAGUGUUCAUAAUAAUGGACUUAUCUGCCUUUUCGUGUUUUCAAAAACUAGUUGCAACCUCAGACUGUGUCAGUGAACACGCAAAGUCGCUUUCCUCCUCGUGCCCCAUCCUCAAAGCAAUGGGUCGAUUCUUCCCAAAAUGCAAACCUGAUGGAGGAUAUGAGCAACUGCAGUGUGGACGAUCUGGUGUUUGCUGGUGUGUGGACGAGGAAGGAAAUGAAAUUCCGGGAUCAAGACAACAUGGAAAACCUAAUUGCAAGAAGCAAGGUACUUGAAUCACGAGAAAGCGGUAGAAAUGAUACCUGAAAUAGUGAAAUUGUAAAUUCUGUGUCUUUUAAAUAUGUAGUUAAUGUCAGUAAUCAUUGCCUUAAUAUGCCUUUAAGGUACCAUGACACAAUGUCAGCUGGAAAACAAGAGGGAUUUGAGUAUUCGCAGUAGAAGUCUCAUCGGCGUAUUCAUCGCAAGCUGCCAGUCUAACGGUUCAUAUGAGCCGAUUCAGUGUCACAAUGCGACUGGUUUCUGCUGGUGUGUUGACAAGCUGGGAAAUGAACUGGCGGGAACUCGGCAAUGGGGAAAGCCCAACUGCAAAGUGUCUAGUAAGUUAAUUGUUGCAAUUGCUGUGGGAAGUUACUUUUUUGUAAAACUCAGAAUUCUUCCAUGAAGAAUUUUUUACAUGAAGAAAAGGCGUAUCUAGUUCCUGAAGAAAGUCACACUCAGGUUCGACUUUCGUUUGAUUGAAUUUGAAAAGAAGGCUCACUGAUUAACUCUAAGAAUGAAUGGAAUUAUUCCCACGUUCCGUGCGCGAUCGUCGCACAUGACGGCGCAAUCUUUAAGAGAUAAGUUCUCUCCUGUUGGCUUACACGACGCAGGAGAGCACGCAAACUAUUUUAAUGUAUCGUACAUGAACUAUUAAGCAUAUUAACUAAAGAGGCUCGAAGAGCGAAAUAAAAUAUAUCUCAAGGCUUUUAGUUCUAUUUUUAAAACUUGUGCAAGCUCGAAUGAUUACCAUUGUAACAAGUUGAUAGCCACGUGGUAAAGGUAGCGUGUAAUAACGAAAAUGAUAUAUCAUGGCAGAUAUUUGUUAUGGCAGGCAUGGAUAAAAAUAUGUUAUAUUGCUUUUGAAAAGACAAAAUGCUAAUUGACCUUUGCUAACGCUAUACGUUUUGUCGUACACGACUAUUUCAUCGUUUGUGAAAGAAAAGUAAAAUCGCUCAUAGUUACGUCGUUGAGCCAUGGCAAAGGUGUUAUUUAAGUUACUUCAGCAACCAUAUUUUCAAUUCUUACUUCACCUACCAAUGCACGCUCUAUUUCUGUCAGUUUUUCAAUACACUAACCUCUUUCGUCCUUUUGAUGGCUUGUUAGAUAAAACUAUAACCGUCUGUCAGUCACGUAAAGAUGAAUGUCUGGACAACGCUCCUCCUGGGCAUUUCGUUCCUCAUUGCAAGGCCGAUGGUUCAUACGAAGAAAGACAGUGUCUUCAGUCUACAGGGGAGUGCUGGUGUGUUGACAGAAAUGGGAAUGAACUGCCCAGGACACGGUCCAAGCAAACGUUUGACUGUUCGUUGCUUGGUGAGUCAUAUAGCUUUAGGAAAAGCUAUAUCCUACAAUCCUACAGGCAUUUAUUGUCGAUGAUGAUGAGCGAUAACAUCAGGCUGAAGCUAAUUAGCACAGCCCAAUUAACAAAAAAUUUCCUACUUUUCUCCUUCUAGGUUUUCUUGCAUUUAUUUUUCUUAUGUAAAUAAGAAGUACAGUCAAACCCUGUUGAUACUGACCCUGAGGGGGUCAGACAAAGUGUCCGUAUUAAGCGGGUUGUAUUUAGAGAAGAUGUUAGGGCUUUCUUUUCCCAGGGACAAAACACUGAGGUGUCCUUAAAGUGGGGUUUGACUAUAUAUAUGAUCAUUUUUUUCUAUUUGUAUGAUUGUUUUCUUUUGUAGCAUGGCUUAGUCCUUGCCAAAUCCAGAGGCGCCAGGCCCUGGGACUGAAAGGAGUUCCAGUGGUGGGUCUACAUGUGCCUGAGUGCAAAGAAGAUGGGGGAUACAAUGCAGUGCAAUGCCACAUGACAUCUGGGUAUUGUUGGUGUGUGGAUGAACUUGGAAAUGAAGUCCCGGGAAGUCGCAAGAACGGAAGACCUAGUUGUGGUAAGAUAUUCACAGAACGAAAUAACCAACGAUCCUAACUGUACAAAAAGAUAAGUACGGGUUGCAAACAUUCCAAUUUGUCGCCAUCGGGUAAUGUUUGUCAAUAAUACUUUGCCAACUUGUUAGAAAAAAAAAUCAAUUGUUAUCUCAAAAUACCCCAUCGGGAAACAGAAUCUUAACAAAAAAAUAUAAUAAUAAUGAUAAGAAAAGUUUAACCAAUUUUCUUGAUUUUGUCUCCCGAAUGGUUAAAAUCUAUUGAUUAAUCCAGAAUAUGGGUCAUUUGGAAAGCAAAGCUGUAGUCAGUACUACUGACAUGUAAAUAGAACGUCUUUUGCUCCAAAAGAAAAGGAACCACCCUGCAAACAGGCUACUCAAGAAAUAUUAGAGUCGUUCCCACAGCCUCCUCCUGGGAUGUAUGUUCCUCAGUGCCGAGAGGACGGUGGAUACCAAGCUACUCAGUGUCAUGGCUCCACUGGAUUUUGUUGGUGCGUGGAUGAGUAUGGAAACGAGUUGACGAAUACGCGAGUUAGAGGACCUCUUAACUGCUCAGGUUAGACAAUCGAAUCUUUUCCCACUAUAACAAAUGGUCUUAGCGUGCGCAAAAUUUAAAAGUGUAAACGUAGCAAAGAUCGGCUGUAAUUGUUUUGGUUAGAACUAAGACAACACGCAUACUAAAGACGCUAUAGUGAUCGAGGCCCAUGAAAGUACAAAUUACAACUGGUUCAGGAAUGUGCAUGUAAAGUAAAAUAUUUUUAACUAAGCUUUGCGCUACAGUGACUUCUUGACUUCUUAGGAUUGUUGCCUCUUUGAAUAACAUAAAAUUAUUUGCUCCCGCCAUAAAUGACUUUUUCUCUGUCUUUUCCCAGUGUUAUAUCAUUUUUUCCAUAAGGACCAACUGAAAAGUGCUUUUGGUUUUGGGAAUUUACUUUAAACUACUAAGAAUAACAACUCAUCGGGAAUAAAACAAAGCCGUGACAGUCUAUCGGUUUUAUAUUAACUUGUAAACUUCUGUUCUUUCGUCAGCAAUCAAAGACCGAAAGCUGUCAUUAUGUCACAGUAGUUUUAAUGAGGCUGCUGUGGUCAAUGAACAGGACCAUUAUAUUCCACAGUGUAAAGCAGAUGGAUCCUACAAACAGGUUCAGUGUAACUCAGCGACAGAAGAGUGCUGGUGCGUUGAUAAAAAAGGACUAGAAAAACCAGAAACAAGAACAAAAGGGCAGCCUCACUGUGAUUAUGAAG